UGCCUUGGGUCCGCCAUACAAAGGGAUGAGGUGAUAGAGAGAGAUGUUAACCAUAGGAUUCAAGUAGAGUGGAAGAAUGCUUCGGGCGUGAUCUGCAACAUAAAUGGACCACUCAAAAUUCAAGGAAAUUUUCUGCGCACAAUUCUAAGAUCUGUAAAAUAUAGGGCUAGAUGUUGGGCUGUAGAGAACUCUUGGGCUUUAGGCUUAACACAGCCACUAAAGCUAGCUCAAGUGAGCGUGGAGAACCACGGGUGGAAUAACGGGGAUUUCAACAUAACCCUUUCUGUUCAGGAUUGCACAUCUAGAGCAUAG